AUGCCCCUCACGAUUCUCUCUGGGUCGCAGCUCCGCACUCUGCUGCAUUCCCUCAAACGUGAUGAGAUCGUCAGUCUCCAGCGGAACCUCGCCGAGGCUUUGCGAGAAUACUCGACCGGAACCCAAGAACAAGGCUGUUCGGCAACCUAUCAGCCGCAGCGAACGGCGAUCACCCGCCAGAAUGGCUGCACCACCCUCUUCAUGCCCGCCACCACGGGCCAGACCCUCGGUAUCAAGAUGGUUUCGCUGCAGGAUGGAGCGGCGGCGGGGUGUGCAGUGGAACGCAGUGCCCUUGACAGAACCGACAGCGAGACAUCAUCAAAGCGAUCGCGGGAAUCUUCUCUUCGCGACUCGAUGAUUUCGAUUUCCUCGGAUAUGAGUGACUUGUCCGUGGGGUCCUCACAGGAAGAUAGCAACUCUACAACCACGGGAACUAGCGGGACGGGAGACAGCACCGACGACUCAACCCUCCUGUCGGGAUGUGUCAAUCAGCUGUCAGUCACCAGCCCGAGCGUAUCGAAUACGCUCGGGGCUUGGCCCGGUGUGGGCACGCGGGAUACCUCGCCGAAGGGGAGUGUCACACUUUUAGAUAGCCAGAGUCUACCAUUCGGGCUCAUUAAUGCCCACGAGCUGACAGCCUUCCGCACUGCGCUGGCUUCGCUGAUGAUCUUCAACAAGCGCAAGAAGGUUCGCACGCUUUUGGUAUUCGGUGCCGGCACUCAGGCUUACUGGCAUAUUCGCUUGGCGUUGACCCUGCGUGGUGAAGAAAUUCGGCGGGUGUACAUUGUCAAUCGGUCCUUUGACCGUGCUGCGAAACUUCUACGAGAUAUCUACCAGGCCGAGAACUCGCACUGGCGUCGGGACGUCAAAUUCUCCGCGAUGAGCACCGACUUUGGCGAGUAUGGCCGGAUCUUGAAGGAGCAUGUCCGCAAGGCAGAUGUUAUUUUCUGCUGCACUCCCUCCGUCGAGCCUCUGUUCCCGGCCGAGUUCCUGACCUCCCGUGAUGGUCGUCAGAAGGGCCGGUUGAUCAGUGCAGUCGGCUCCUACAAAUCACACAUGGCCGAGAUACACCCCGACAUUCUCCGAGACGAGGUCAAUGUUUCACCACCUCACCGUCACUUCCACAAGCACACGCGACGAAGCGGAGUCGUGGUGGUCGACAGUCUGGAUGCCGCGCUGAAGGAAGCAGGCGAGAUCAUCCAAGCUGGAAUCAAGCCCACGCAGGUAGUCGAAUUGGGUGAGCUGAUGAUGGUCCAUCACGCAAGUCACAAUUUGAGUGAAGAAGAAGCAGCGGAGGAGGAGAAGAGCCUGCACGACUGGGUGGAGCGAGGAAACGUUAUCUACAAGAGUGUCGGACUAGGCCUGAUGGAUCUGGUCACCGGCGGAGAUCUGGUGCGCUUGGCGCGCGAUCGCAACUUGGGAACCACCGUGGAAGACUUUUAG